AUGGAUCGGGACAUGGAGCGGGACACGGAGCGAGAACCGGAGCCCUGCCCCUCCCCGGAGCCCCCCAAAGCCGAGCCGGGGCCGCCCCCCGGCCCCACCCGUUGGGGCAUCUGCUCGGCCGGGGCCAUCAGCCACGACUUCGUGCUGGCCCUCAAGACCCUGCCCCCCACGGAGCACACGGUGGCGGCCGUGGCCGCCCGGGAUUUGGGGCGCGCCCAGGCCUUUGCCCGACGCUUUGGGGUGCCCCGAGCAUAUGGAUCUUACGAGGAGCUGGCCGAGGACCCGGACCUGGACGUGGUGUAUGUGGGUGUGGUGAACCCCGCACACCUGCCCACGGGGCUGCUGUUCCUGCGCCGGGGCCGCGCCGUGCUGAUGGAGAAGCCGAUGGCGCUCAGGGCCUGCGAGGUCACACAGCUUGUGGCGACGGCCCGGGAGCGCGGCGUGUUCCUGAUGGAGGGCUUCUGGACCCGUUUUUUCCCGGCCUGGCGUCGCCUGCGCUCUCUGGCGGCCGGGGGGGCUCUGGGGACCCCCCUGGUGCUGCGGGGGGAGCUCGGCUUUAACCUGGGGGGGGUCCCGCGGCUGCGCGAGCCGGGGCUGGGCGGGGGGGUCCUGCUGGACCUGGGGGGCUAUGGGCUGCAGAUGGCACUGGCCCUGCUGGGGGGCGGCGAGCCCCCCACCGCCCUGCGGGCCCAUGGCGUGCUGCACCCCACCGGCGUGGACGAGUCGGUGGCGGUGACGCUCGAGUUCCCCGGGCGGGGCCUGGCCGCGCUCACCUUCUCCAUGGCCGCGGAGCUGCCGGGGGGAGCGGCCCUGGGGGGGCCCAAGGGCUGCGCCCAGCUCCCCAGCCACAUGAACUGCCCCACGGAGCUGCUCUGGGGGGGGCACCGCGAGCGCUUCCCGCUGCCCCCGCCGGCCGAGCCCCUCAACUUCCCCCACAGCACCGGGCUGCGCUACGAGGCACAGCACGUGCGGGAGUGCCUGCUGCAGGGACUGACCGAGAGCCCGGAGAUGCCGCUGGCCGAGAGCGAGAUCAUCGCGCGGCUGCUGGAUGAGGCUCGGGCACAGGUGGGGGUGGGACCCGGUGGGACCCCUGGAGUGACCAGUGACCCCCCUGAGUGA